AUGACCAACGAGGAGGAACCAGCAUCGCCAUCAGCAUCGGCACCAGCAUCGGCAUCUGCGCUGUCCCAAAAUCAGAUAGCGGCAAUAUUCGACGUCCUGGUUCACCACGAGACUUAUGCUGAAAUUACCAGCUUCACCGGCCCUGACGCCAUCAGCAGCUAUGGUUUCCCGUUUAAAACGACCAAGAAGAUAAAAAGCACCAAAAAGACCGCCACCUUGCCCACAACCCCAUCAACCACUGCGCCGAGCACUCCGCGCGCGAGGACGCCGGUGUCCUUCUUCACGUCCUCCUCCGACGUGGCCAGACAACCAAGCGCGGCCGUUGUGCGUGCCCAGCAUGCAGACGGGCCGGAGGAAGGCCAAGGCGAAGGCGAGGGCGAGGGCGAGGACCUGGACGAGGGGCGUAGGAAGGGUGGCGAUGGCGACGACAACUCGCAAAUGGCUUCCGCCGCUCCCAUUUUGCAGCUACUCCUCGCCAGAGUUGUUCUGCCUCUUCCAGGGGUGAGCAGCUUGCCCAGGGACUUUUGGAGCGUCCGCAUACAGAACUUGCUGGCCAGGCUGGGAGAAGCGGACCUGUCGGAAAGCUACGACAAGGGAGCGUUGGGCACUCGAAAAGUGCUGGCGACGGGAGCCAGCGCUCUUAUUGAGAUGAUUGGGCGCGGCCUCUUGGGAGGCGUGGACAAGACGGACAGCAGUGCUGCGACAAAGUCCUCAUACAAUCUUGCCGACGCCGAUGAUUUGGAAGCGGCCUGGGGCGAGGUGAUGCAGGGUUUGGUCUACGGCGACCUGGUCAACCAGCUGUUCCGUCACUUUGUGGAAUCGGAUGACUUGGAAAAGUUGUCGCCGACGGUGGAGGCAUCCGCGAGGCACAACAUCUUUCACAUCGCAACGCUGGUGCACCAGAUAUUCGUGCUGUCCCCCGAAGGGCAGUACCUCCUCAAGCUCAUGGACAACGUCCACUCCCUUGUUCCCUACAAAAUGAUGAAGCAAACGCUCCGCAUCGGCAACCCGGCAAUCAUGAUUCGCGGCAUGAUGCGUAUUCUGCUUGCCAAGCUGAGCGUCACCAGUGUCACGAACUGGCUCGGCUUGACGCAAAACGCAGACGACGGCAUGAACCUGCUGCAGCGCAUCAUAUCCCUCGUUUUAUCCUGGGACGCGGGCGAGUUCAGGAAGGUUGCCGAAAGGGUGGAGAGGGCCAAAGACGGCCCAAGCGACGGCAUGCUGCGGACGAUCCGAUGCCAUGUGGAGGGCGCGAGGUCGGAGCACGAGGCCGCGAGACUGGCGAGCAAGGAAAACUCGCAGUCCAUCAUCACCAGCAUCUUCAACGCUUCAAGCCCCGCGCUCAACGAGGGCCUGACCGAGUCGCAGCAUCAACAGUGCUUGGAGUACUACUCUGCUCUCUUGUCCGUCAGGGACAGGGACCGCAUUGCGUUGGCAAUCUGCCGCGAGCCGCCCGACAUGUUCACCCAGGCGAUCAAGGAUGCUGUUGACGCGUACGAGCCCAUCAUCAGGGCUAUACACUCCAACAUCGACCUCGGGGAGCACUUUGAAGCCGUGCAGGGAUUCAUCGACGAGUUUAUCGGCAUCAGCAAGCCGAAAAGGGGGCCGCCCGCGUCUGGGUCUGGGCCUGGGCCUGGGUCUCCAGGCGAGAGGGCCGCCAGCGUGGAAGAUUACGUGCAACUCUUGGAGAGAAACAGGGGCUUGCUGUACAGGUGGAUCCACGCCUUGGCGAGCCAGUGUCCCGGUCUUUGGGAGGAGCUGCGCAUCUGGAGCAACAGCGUGGUUGUCAAGUUUCGCAAACGACGCCUUGACGAAGCCGCUCCAGUCUCCUCUGGAGCGGACAAGACGAUGCCCGCCAUCCUGACCCGGCUAGUUGACGGGCUCGACGCCAAGACCCAGACAAGCGUCCUCGAGGCUGCCGACGCCCAUGCUGCGUAUCUUGCCACGUUGAGCAGCGACUCCCACGCACGCAUGCGGUGCCUCGCGGCUGUUUCGCCGGGCCUGCCCCCGGGCACCACCAGCGCAGGCGGCCCUGGCGUAUACCUGUCGCGUUGGCAGGCGCUGCUGGACGAGACGCCCAUUACGCCUAGCAAGCCCAGGGGUCCGCCGAGAUGCGGCAAGGACGUCAAGCACACCACCGCCCAGGGCAAGACGGGCGUCGGCGGCGGCAAGCUGGAGGCUGAGGGCGCCGCUCCGACAACCGAGGUGGCUGCUCCGAACGUGAUGGUCAUUGUUGACGCGCUGGGGGGGGCUUUUCGAAGGGAAAUCCAGGAGUUGGCCCGUUUGAUUUAA